AUGUCAUCCUCAAACGAACCAUCAGAUCAGACUCAACAAACCAAGUAUCUGCAUCACCUCAAAUGGGAAAGCUCAGUGCCCGAACGAGUAUCGAUUAAAGGUUCCUUCGAUCAAUGGAAAUCGUCAUUGGAAUUGCAGAAAAAAACAUCUGGUAAAUUCUCCGCUCCAAUCGAACUCGAGUUUGGGUCCAAAGUCUCUUACAAGUAUGUUGUCGAUGGAACCUGGCGGCAUAACCCCAAUGAACCCACUGAAACCGACUCGAGUGGCAACGUCAACAAUGUCUUUCAAGUCCCACAACAUCCAUCAUUCUCCAUGAACCCUGAGGUUGAAUCCGCUCGAACCUUACCCAAUCCAGUACAAACUAUGUCAUCCGCAGCCUUGGCUGAAGAGUCCAUUGCGGGGACAUCCACCGACGCAAACCUUUCAAAAACUCCCGAACAUGACAAUGCUGCUCUCAUUGCUGCACUCGAACACGUAUCUCGUGAGACUAAUCCAUCACUGAAUUACCGUUUUGCUGGUUUUGUUCCUGCAAUCGCCCACUGCUCCACAGCCGAAUCGCCUGCGCCUCCAGACAUGUCCAUAGCAUUCCCCUCAACAUCAACCGAUAACCUCCCUGAGUUGACGCAGCGCCCCAAGCCAGCAGUCAACACCAAGCGAACUUUGAGCUUAUUUGCCCCUGGUACACGCUUUGGUCGUGCAUCCCAUCGCACCCAGAGUCUUGCCACCGCCCCUGGCACACCCAAAGAAAAGGCAUCCCCCGCCGGAGCCUCCGUUUCAAAUGUCGUCUCUGCCAUGGCUGGUGUAGCUGCUACUGCCAUUCCUGCCGCCAUCUUUGCCGUUACCGGAAAGGAUAUCACUCGUAACUCAAAGGCAGAAUCCCCGGCCGCUUCUCCCUCCGGCGCCAACGCUCUAUCUACAUCCGCUGCUGAUGACCCUAGCACAACGUCUCAAUCUCCUGCGAACGGAUCAGAACAGCCCUCUCAGACUGAUCUGACUUCUCAAGCUGCGGAUACCACAACCGAAGCGCAACCGCCUGCCGAUAAGCCCACAGCGUCCACUCCCGAACCUCUUGCCACCAUGCCUGUGAAUGAUGCUACCGAAAAUCCAGAACCCAAGGACAGCAAGCCCUCAGUACCAUUAGCCACCCAUCAACACCUUGCUUCGUCGACGGCAGAGACCAGCUCAGUCACAGACAAAGCAUCUCCCAAAUUGGACCAGCCCACAAUUUCACCCACCCCCAGCCCCCAAGCAGCGCCACUCGUUACUGAGCCUGCCACUACCCCAGCAGUCUCCGUCCCCGAACCCCAGCUUGACAAGCCUGAACCCAAAACGCCACUUGUCACUGAGUCCACGGUUGCGCCAGCGGUGGCCGUUCCGGAACCCAAGCUCGAUAAGCCGGAGCCAAAUACACCACUCGCUACUGUGUCCCAGAUUUCCCCAGCAGUCUCGGUUCCGGAUACCAAGCCCCAAGCCCCUGAACCACAAAUUGCCACCCCUUCCAAUCUCCCACAAGAGGGAGCCAAAUUACAAACCCCUGGCAUCGCUCCCAAGGUUCAAACGCCGCCGAGGGUAUCAUUCUCCGACGAGGAGGCCACAGCAGCCCGGGCCGAGGCCAGCGGCAGCAGUGUCCAGCCCGCACCGGCAACUAGCGGUUGGAGAUACAGCGUCGGAGCCGUUAAGGGACGAAAGACUAGCACCGAACAUGACCGUCGCUCCGUCAGCGAUAAUCCUCCCCUCCCCAACACCCGUUCGCCUGAACCUUCGGCUGAUGAACACCACGAAGAAUCAUCUCCUCGAGCUAAACGAAGAUCUGGCAUAUUCUCCAAAAUCAAAUCCGCUCUCAGUCCGCACAAGAAAAACGGGUACUCAAGCGGCAGUCCCGGUGGUGGAGGCAACAAACGCAACUCGCUCGGUCGCACGGCUACCAUCAGUCGCGAAUGAGAGCCUCUUCUGAGUGUUUUGCGCGCUGCGGCGAUUUCUCUAUGUCUCUGUCUCUCUCGCUUCGCCCUUCAUAAACUGCUGUGGAUAUGUUCACUUUUUCUCUUACUCGCUUGUGUAUCUCUUCCUUUCUUUCACAUCCAAGAUCAAUUUUCUGGGUUUCUUUCGGGUCUUUCAUCGUCACCUUCAUCCCCAUCCCUAUCCCUUCACAUAACCCUUCUUUUUCCCUAAUACUAUCGACUCACUUACCUCCUUACUUACAUCUGCAUCUACAAACCUUCCAUUAAAGGGUUUCCUUUUUUUUCAAAGACUUUCCUCUGGGAGUCUGGAAGCCUUAUUAAAUACAAUAUCUUGCUCCAUCUAAUCAUCCCACUUUUUUCAAAAAAAAAAAAACAUACUUGCAACUUCACAUCCUUCAUGUCUUUACAAAAAACACCCCACCUUUUGUUGUCUUUCUCUUCUCUUUUUUUUGAAUGGUCAUUUUUUUUUUUUGUUCAAUGAAAAUGUUCAUUUCAAAUUAUCAUCCAUCUUUCUUUUUAAGAGUAAGAAGGGAUUUUUUUUGUCUCUAUGCAUGCACAAAUUAUAAGGGCAAUUCAGAAACAUACAUCACACUUCUC